AUCAUGUAAUCAAGUAAUAAUUUCUCAGAAAUUGAAUCACUGUUUAUAAGAAUGUCAUCUUAUAAAGAUAUCAAAUGCCAAUGUGCCAUGAAGUUACACCUACUUCUACAACUUUAUUCUUCCAUGCCCCCACUCUUACAACAUCAUCUUCCUCUUUUGCUUUCUUCCUUUCCCUUUGUUUAAUCUGCUCUGUCCUUUCAUCAUUCCCUCCAACUCUUAUCUUUCCCUCUCUUUCUGUCUCUCCCUAGCAACGUGAUUGACUGCUUGAUAAUGGUCUGAAACUAGAACUAGAAGCUAGCUCAACCUGAAAAGCUUUUUUAUUCAAGCUCCCUCUCUCUGUCUAUCAAUGGCAAAAACGAAUAUUGGGUCAUUCUUCAACAAGUUCCUUUCUCUUUUCAUCCUUCUUCUCCACCUUGGUUGCUUCAUUUUCACCGCCAACCAAAAACCAACCAAGAAACGCAAAGCCUCGCCUCUUUCUCCUUCUCAUAAACCCCACAAAGCUCUUUCCUCAACCUGGUCUUAUCUCAAACGCAUCUUUUCUACCUCUAAAUCCAACUUCAAAAACACCAUCCAAACACACCCUACAACAGCAGCAACCACACCAGCGUUAACCUCUGCAAGGAACUCCCAACAAUCCCUUGUCUCCAUGGUUAUCCCACCUGAAACUCAUUUAUCAGACAGUCCUCCUCUGCAUUCCGAGUCUUGUCCAGAAUCCGACAUCUCAUCCGACAACCCGUUCUUCCCUCUACGUAAUGAUAUCUUCCCCUGCACAGCUUGCGGUGAGAUUUUCCAAAAACCCCAUUUUCUUGAGCAACACCAAGCAAGCAAACACGCCGUAUCCGAACUCAUUGAUGGUGAUUCUGGGAAGAAUAUAGUUCGGAUCAUAUUCAAAACAGGUUGGACCAACAAAGUUAAGAACCCCGAAAUCCACCGUAUUUUGAAGAUCCAUAACAGCCCAAAGAUUCUUGCAAGGUUCGAAGAAUACAGAGAGCUUGUCAAAGCGAAAGCAGCGAGAAAUGGUUCUGUAGGGAAACGAGACGAGAGGUGCAUAGCUGAUGGGAACGAGCUGUUGAGAUUUUACUGUUCAACUUUCAUGUGUGAUUUGGGACUUAAUGGGAGUUCCAGCAUUUGCAAUCAACAGUAUUGUAGCAUCUGUGGGAUAAUCAAGUCUGGCUUUUCACCCAAGAUGGAUGGAAUCUCCACGCUAUCUUCGAGCUGGAGAGCACACGAGGCCAUCCCUGACGAUAUAGAGGAAGAGUUCAAGUUCAUGAAUGUGAAACGGGCAAUGCUUGUCUGCCGGGUCGUGGCGGGUAGGGUCGGAUCAGAAGGGGAAGAAAUAAACAAGGAAGAUGGUGGGUUUGAUUCGGUGAUAGGGAGGGGAGGAGGGAGUGUGGCACAUACCAAGGUUGACGAGGAAGAGCUGUUGGUUUUCAAUCCACGGGCUGUGCUCCCUUGCUUUGUGAUUGUAUACACUGUUUGAGUGUGAGAUCCUAUGUUUUUACGUCUCUGCCUGUGACCGAAAAAAUUGGGUUGCGGCUAAAAUUGACCAUAUGAUCAUGGAGAGUACUGUGAUGGCUGUGUUAAUCAGGAUAACUUGUGUAUUGAAGAAUGUGAUGUAAAUUUUCUGUUUGGAUCAAAGACUAGUAAAUUUUUUCUCUCUCUUUCUGUAUUUAUAUAAAACAGUUGUUGUAUGAUGGUAGAUCUAAUUUCAAGCUUAUUAUCUGCAUUUUUCACAGUUUGAUAUAAUUUAAAA